AUGGCAAAGAACGCAAGCGGACAGUCGCCCAUGUCCUCCUCCUUCUCCUCCUCACGUACUGAAGCUCUCACGUCUCCUGUCGCUCCUGCCUCUCGUCAGGGGAUCCGUCGACGACGUGAGGGGUCUUCAGACGUGGAAAUUGAGGAGUUGGAUUCUUGUACCAUGCGGCAAAAGUCGUACAAUUACUUUGAACAAAAGCAUCAGAGUGACUACUUGAUGCCAUCGUUACUUCGGACCUCCACGUUCCACUCCUCACUUGGCCGUAGCUCCAAGUCUCACAAGAGACAACGGACCUUAGCUGAACAAUUGGACAGUAUGUGCCUUCGGGACCAAGUUCUGGACAGAAAGGGCACGAGGAACCAAUGCAAAAGUAUAACGGAAGGGGACGGGGAAAGGAAAGACACGCAGCAAUACAGGGAUACUGCAGAGAGUGCUACAUUUGUGGAGCUUCAGGGAGAUCUUGGACAAGAGGAGGCGUCGUCUUUUGACGACAGUGGUAGCCAUUGCGACAGCGCAAUGGCUACUUUGGAGAAUGCCACGGUGGUUGCUGGGGUUGGGAGACUGCGUGGUUUCUUUGCUGCUCACUGUAGCGACAGACGUCGACCUUUUGACCGGAUGUACCGUCAUUACGUGACGGUAACUCCCCAAGUAGGAGCGACAACGAAUCCACAAGGAAAUGAGCUGGUGGUUUUCCGACCACCGACAUCGUCCCCCUGCGGGAACAAGAGCGAAGCGUAUUUGACGCUGACGCCGCAUGAGUUUAACAAGUUGUCGACUGCAGAGAAACGGCAGUGGUACCAGACACACUGUCGCUAUGUCGCAGAGUUUGACGCGACAAUUGCACAGGAGAAGAAAGAGCACGAGCUGGAUCUUCUAUUGGAGCCAGUGGAUUCGAAGGGAAGGCUUGGUGCUCGUAGACACGGGAUGUCCAGUAUGGACUCGAGUUGCUCGCCUGAGGUACUCGACGUGCCUAGCGAUGUGGAAAUGAUGGAAGUGUUUGAACAGGAUGUAGCACCUAAGCAUCCACGCGCUGCAGGUGCUCUUACGCACACAGAAUGGUUUACUGACGAUAAUUUAUGA